GAGGCAUUUCGGUUCCAUGAUGAAAUGCUUCAAAGGGGAUUUGUGCCAGAUGAUGAAUUCUAGUUUGCUCUUAGCAGCUGAAGGUGGGAUUUUCUCUUAAUUCUCAUUGCACUCUUCAUUUUAAUUAGCUACUACUAAAAGUUGUGAUCUAAUGAUCUUAUGUUUAUAUAUAAUGAUCUAUUCGUGGGUUUCAUUUACUUCUUAGGUUGUCUUUGGUGCAAGUAAUUCUCACUACACAUGCACCAUGUGCAGCAAUGCAUUGACAAACUCCUACUCCAUGUCCAUGGGAUAGGGAAGUGUCCUGAUGCAGAUGAUCUUGCUCUUGAGUGGACAGAUGAGUCAAGAAUCCUAGUUCAAAGUGCGAACUAUCCACCAAUUCCAGUUGAACAGCCAGAAGACGUGAAACCAUUUGCUCCUAUGGUGGUUACUGGAACAAUUGAUUAUGAUGGUCUGGGCCAGUUAGGUGGCGGGACAAUGCAGAAGAUAAGGAUGAAGAAUCCGAAGAUCCUUAAGAUUACAGAAGUUUAGCAAAUGGGAGCUCUAAUCGUUGCCAGUUUUUCGUGAUAGUGUUUGAAAGCAUGUAGGCAAUUUAGUUUGAGCUUGUGAAAUUUUCUCGGUUAUAUACAAACUACUGUAGAUUAAAUUAGCUUAAAUGGAAGGAGGCCAAUUGAGCGGUUUUGGGGGUAA